AGAGCGAGCCUGCUCCCAUGGCGGCGGCGGCGGCGGGGGCGGAGGGGGGAGCUGGUGGUGGCGCCGUGGUGCGGAUCUUCGUGGGCGGUAUUUCGGAGGGCGUGGCGGCCGCCGACCUGGAGGCCAUGUUCGCCACCGUCGGCCGCGUCGCCGGCGUCGAGUUCGUGCGCACCAACGGCCGCGGCUUCGCCUACGUCGACUUCCACUGCCCCUCCGACAAGGCUCUCGCCAAGCUCUUCUCCACUUACAAUGGGUGUAAGUGGAAAGGGGGCAAGCUUAGGCUGGAGAGGGCUAAAGAGCACUACCUCACUCGCCUCAAGCGUGAAUGGGAGCAGGAAGCGGAAGCGGCAGCAGCCGCGCAGGAAAUUCCAGCAAGUGGUGAUGUGGAGAGCAAGAAGGAGAAGCUGGAGCCGAAUAAGGCUGUUUUGGAUAGUACGAAGAUUAACAUCUACUUCCCAAAACUGAGGAAGGUGAAAGCUUUGCCUUUUAAAGGCACUGGAAAGCACAAAUACAGUUUCCGGCAUAUUGAAGUCCCUUCUUACCCAAUUCAUUUUUGUGACUGUGAGGAGCACUGUGGACCUCCUGAGGCAGCUAAUGGGGAAUAUGCUUCUGUUCUUAAUGCUGCUGCAUCUGAGAAGGAGCGCAGCAUUAUGAAUUCUGUGAUGAGCAAGCUCUUUGAGAAGGAGAAUGACCAUUUUGAUUCAUUGGAAACUCAGAAUCAUGAUGCUGAUUUUAAUACCACAAAACCCUCUGACGCCAGGAAUGACUUGCAAAUGGAGGAAACAGAAGAAAUUUCUGGGAUUGAUUUGGAUGACCUGCAAAUGGAAGAAGCAGAAGAUCCUUCUGAGGAAGAAUCCGACGAUCUUGUGCUUAACAUAGUAACUCGUAAGACCAAAAGCUCAGUAGCACAAUCAAAUAGGGAAAAUCAUGCAGCGGAUAUGGACUCACAUUUCAAAAAACAUCAACAAUUUGAAGAAUCUUCUCCACAGAAGAAGAGACAUAAAUCAUCUGAUUUCUCUGAAUCUAGAAAUAAGAAACAGUCUUUCCCUGCUAUGUCAGGAGCCAUUCAAAAUGAAAAAAAAUCUUCUGGUUUGUCAGGAGCCAUUCAAAAUGAUUUAUCAUCCAAGCUUGAUAGAGAUAAAAGUUCUGCUAGUGUUCAAAGUAUUGAAGCACUAGUUGAUUCUUCCACCAGUAAUGGAAGUGAACAAAAUGCACUUGCUGGUGAACCUAAAAGAGGUUCAUUGUGGACUCAGAAGUCUGCCUGGAGGGAUCUUGUAGGUGGCAUGGGGAGCACAUCUUUCAGUUUAUCACAAAUAUUGCCAAACACCAAUCCAUCACCGCCCCCUGCUUCAGUUGCUGAAACCAAGAGGAUAGUGAAACCAAGUAGAAAAUCUUCGAAACCCUCAGAAGUUUCAACUCAGCUCUUGCCUGGGCAGAAGAUGCAGAGUUCCAUGACAAUGCUGCCAUCUAGUGAAACUACUGUUGUGUCAGGUGGCCAUGACACCGGGGAGUGUAAGGAGAACAAUAAGCUGGAAAAAGAGCGGGUGGUUCCAAAGAUUACUAUUGGUGAAGUGUGCCCGUUCAUGAGAAAUACGGAGUCAGAACAGCAAUGGUCAAAGGCAAAGAAGGUCCUGACUGGUUUCAUCAAGAAAGGCAACGAGAGCAGUGGAUCGAAUGUUGGGAAAGGAAAGCCAUCAGCAAGGAGAUAAAAAACAUAACAUGUAAUUCCGGCUGCAUCUUGUUGAACCACAACUCAGCUGUUUCUUGGCUCAUAGAACAUGGAUAUCAGGAUAUGGAUGAUUGUUGGUUCGUCUGUCUGCCUGAUAACCAAUGAUCGCUUGUUCUGAAGCACAAUGCAUGCUACGAAUUUUGUUUCAACUGUUAUAUUCUGUAUGACUAUGACCCCUUCCCCCAGGUUGAGACAGUGAUGCAAAGUUCUUUGUGCGAGAAAUCAGGAUCCCUGUUUUAUAUUGUCAGUCAUAAAUAUCAAAGCUUCCCAAACAACAGUUAGGGCAUGUUUUGGGGAGCUUUUAGCAGCUGCAAUUUUUUUUUCUAACCUCU